AUGAUAAUUCCCGGGUUGGGUUCACUUUCUGGGUGGAACACAUACACAGGACUUGCUUGCCCAUCGUGUAACUUUCAAACUACACCUCUCCGUCUUAAAGCUAGUCGUAAAUGGUGUUUUAUGGGUCAUCGUCGUUUCCUUGAUCAGAGACACAGGUUUAGAUUGAACAAGAUCCGCUUUAAUGGUGAACAAGAAAUGCGGAGUCCACCGAGAACAUUAUCUGGACAUGAAGUUUUUGAAAAGGUUAAAGAUGUUGAAGUCAUCUUUGGUAAAAAGGCAGUGAAAGAAAAAUCAGUAAAAAGAACACGUGAGGAACAACCUAUAGAAGGUGAUAGUACACAAUGUGAUCCUACAAAAGAAGUUAAACUUGGAGGUCCUGUUCAUUAUCGAUGGAUGUAUCCUGUUGAAAGGUACUUGGGAAAACUUAAAUCGUAUGCUCAUAGACACGUUUUAACAAACUGUCCAAUAGUUGACGACUAUCUAAAGCAGUUCCGAAGUUUUACUCAAAACCAAAUGAGGCGCAGUCAAAGAAGUGCUACUGAGAUAGACAAGAAGGUUCAUAAGGAGUUUGUGCAUUGGUUCAGCAAUCGUAUUCGCAACAAUCUUGACAACAUUCAUGGGCCAGAUAAAGAUGUUCUCAUUAGUCUUGCUCAUGGACCUUUUGAUAAAUCUGUGAAGGGCCGUUCAAGGUUUGUACAACCUGGAGAGCUUGAAGUAAAUAAGAAGCGCCUACGUUCAAUUACAACUCGCAAAUCAUCAAUAACCCCUCCACCAAUGGAAACUACAAUAACCCCUCCACCAAUGGAAACUACAAUAACCCCUCCGUCAAUCCAAAUUGCAAAAGAUGUUGUGGUAGAAGAUGAGGAUGAAGAUGACAUGGUAGGAGAUGAGGCUGAUGAUGUUGUGGUAGGAGAUGGGACUGGAGAUGUUGUAUUAGGAGAUGAGGCUGAAGAUGUUGUGGUAGGAGAUGAGGCUGAAGAUGUUGUGGUAGGAGAUGGGACUGGAGAUGUUGUGGUAGGAGAUGAGGCUGAAGAUGUUGUGGUAGGAGAUGGGACUGGAGAUGUUGUUAAAGUGGCUAAAUCUGAGUAUUGGGAUGUAAAUAUCAUUAGUAAGUAA